CAUUGAGGAGACCAUUCAUUGUUACCAGAUCCCAGACCUGCAGGACCCUCCACCAGCUUCAUUCUUGUUCUGCUCUCAACCUGCUGCAGAUAUUUCACAUGUGGACUCAUCAGUCCAGAACUCCUGCUACCAGUUCCGCUCCACCCAGUUCCUGUGUUUCUAUGCAGAGCUGAGUCUCUUAGUAUUGUGUCACGACUGGCUCAAAACCGCGACAAAAAAAGAACACCUUGGCCAGCGGCAGUUGCUGUGUUUGGCCAGAGCUCUACUGAGGAAGACCAGGAUCCUAGUUUUAGAUGAAGCCACAGCAGCUGUGGACCUGAAGACAGACCAGCUGGUCCAGUCCACUAUACGCUCUCAGUUUGAUGACUGUACAGUCCUAACCAUCGCUCACCGCCUCAACACCAUCAUGGACUACACCAGGAUCAUUGUGAUGGACCAAGGCUUCGUUGCAGAGAUGGACUCCCCCUCUCAGCUUCUCUGUCUGCAGGGCCACUUCUACCAGAUGUGCGUCGAGGCUGGAUUGGCCUGAUGUACAAAGAUCAUGUCUAUUCCUGAAACCUUCACUCUCUUCUUCUGUGCUUUGUUUUAGACGUCAGUACAGUCAGUACUGAAUCUUUUUAAUUCUUCUGAUAUGUUUCGUUACAAUAAAAGCAGGUGUGUGCAAGU